AAACUACGUUCGGUAGGCAGGUUAGAGGACAUAGGUUUCCUGUGAUCGUCCCAUAUCUUCACCGCAGCCGUCUGUGGAUCGGCUUUCUGUGACUUGGGCGGAUCCUGGCAGUAUGACUUCAUCCGGAGUCAACCUUUUCCAAUUGCCUUCUGACACUCCCAUCAGUAAUGAAGUCAACUUCUCACCCACUGGUGAUGAUGGAACCGAUGAUGAAGAUUAUUCUAAGAGUCUGAAUGCGGUCAUACGACAACGACGCGCGAGUGUUCGUCGUUCGCGCAAGGGCAGAGCUAGAAGAUCCUCUUCACCAUUUCUGCCCGAUGAAAGUAUAUCACGAAGACGCUCCUCUGUAUUUACUACAAGCUCCGGAGAUACAGCUAUUUCAAUUGAGGAGCAACCUAAUCUGAGUCAGGAGCAGAUCUUUAAAAAUAUUGGAUUGCACAAGGAAGUGCUGGGAUCAGUGAAGCUUAUGCCUUUAGAGAUGAGAAGAAAAUUAAAAUUAGUACACCAGGCAAAAAAUUAUAUUAAACAACAUGAAGGGAAACUGCAGGAAAGGCUGGCACAGUCUAAAAACACCAGAGACAUCUACGCUCGCUUCACCAUACUUGUUACAACUAAAUGGCAACAAAUAAAACGUGAAGCAGCAAACACAUCUAAUUUAUUGAUACCUUGGGAGUUACGAAUUAAAGAGAUCGAAUCGCACUUUGGCUCAGUAGUGGCAUCCUACUUUACGUUUCUAAGAUGGCUUUUUUGGGUCAACCUAGUGAUUGCCUUCAUACUUCUCGUUUUUGUUAUAAUACCUGAGUAUUUAACAGCAAACCCAGAACAAGACGGCGAAAGGAAAAUUAUAUUGGACGACGAAAAACAGAACGCGACAAAUCUAUUAACUUUGUGGGAGUUUGAAGGAGUCCUUAAAUACUCCCUAAUAUUUUACGGCUAUUACAGCAACGUGGAGCGGCCACAGUAUAGGAUGCCUGUAGCAUACUUCCUUACUGGCUUGGUCGUGUAUAUUUAUAGUUUUGUCGCCAUAUUAAGAAAAAUGGCAGAGAACUCUCGCAUGUCAAAAUUAUCCGAAAAAGAAGACGAGUGUAUCUUUUCAUGGAAACUCUUCACGGGAUGGGAUUUUAUGAUAGGAAAUGCCGAGACAGCCCACAAUCGUAUCGCGUCCGUUAUCCUAGGAUUUAAAGAAGCUUUACUUGAGGAAGCUGAGAAAAAAAGAAAAUCUAGAGACUGGCGGAUUUUAUCACAAAGAAUAAUAGUAAACUUAUGUGUUUUAAUUCUUCUUGCUGUGUCGGCAUAUGCAGUGGUACACGUUGUUUCCCGAUCUGAUGAUAAGCUCAAACCUCGGAGCUGGUGGCGUGAGAAUGAAACAACAAUAGUUGUAACCGGAAUUUCCAUUACUUUUCCCUUUAUUUUUGAAUUCCUUGGACUACUUGAACAUUACCAUCCCAGAAAGCAACUCAGGUUUCAACUGGCAAGGAUUAUGCUCCUUAAUUUACUAAAUCUUUAUUCAUUAAUAUUUGCAUUAUUUAGCAAAAUCGAUGGCAUGAGCAAAGAGCUUGGUUCAUUACAACCAACUUUAUCUUUGAACGCUACUCCAAUAUCUGAAGCUAUUGACAAAGACCGUAAAAUCUACAACUUAACUCUUGAAACUAAAAAAAAACUGCUUAAGUUAUGCUGGGAAACAAUGUUUGGCCAAGAGUUAGUUAAAUUAACCAUGAUGGAUUUGGUAUUCGUAGUCCUGGGAACUCUCUUUAUGGAUUUUUUCAGAGCCUUAUUCGUGAGGCAUAUGAACCGCUGUUGGUGUUGGGAUUUAGAAAAAAAAUGUCCACAAUACGGAGACUUUAAAAUAGCUGAAAAUAUUUUGCAUCUUAUUAAUAAUCAAGGGAUGGUCUGGAUGGGAAUGUUUUUCUCGCCAGGCCUUGUUUUAUUAAAUGUUGUAAAAUUAAUGAUGAUGAUGUAUCUCAGAUCUUGGGCUGUAAUGACGUGCAACGUUCCACACGAAGUUGUAUUCAGAGUAUCUAAAAGCAAUAAUUUUUACCUAGCUUUGCUUUUAACCAUGCUGUUUCUUUGUGUUUUACCAGUUGGUUACGCAAUUGUUUGGGUCAAGCCUUCAUGGCACUGCGGUCCAUUUUCUGAAUAUGACAAAAUUUAUAAAAUUUUAACAAGCAAUAUUUACAAGGUUCUUCCUAAAACAUUAAAUUUUUCACUGGAAUAUAUCACGUCACCAGCAAUAGUCAUUCCAAUGCUUGUUUUACUUAUUUUAAUAAUUUACUAUCUUACAUCUCUUACAAAUUCACUCAGAGAAGCAAACAACGAUUUAAAGAUUCAAUUACGAAGAGAGAGAACUGAAGAACGAAGAAAAAUGUUUCAAUUAGCUGAUACUAGGCGACGAGGUGGAUCUUCAUCGAUAGAUAACACACCAUUUGCUAGAUGGAAAAAAGCUUUACCAGCUUUACCUAUCAGUAAAUCCAUUGACUCAGACGACAAGAAACCCGGCGGUGAUGAAGACAUGAAAGACUCAAAAAAAACAUUUAAAAAGAGAGGAAUAUUUGAAAAAAUUGUCAACAUGGCUUGGGACAAAAGAGAUAAAAUAAGUAAUUUUGAUAAAAAUCCGAGCGCUGAAGAAGAAACUGACACAGAUUUUCAUGAAAGUCUCCCAAAAGAAAUCUUAAAAGCAAAGGAAAUAGGAAUUAUAAAAGAUGAAUAUUCUUAUAGAGAUAAAUCAAGUUACAAUGUAAGUGACGAUACUAAUAUAAGGCAGACAAAAUAUGAGAAAUCUUCUAUAACAUCUACCGAAAGAGAACUUAUCAAAGACAAUUUACCUACUAACAAUGAGACAGUAGAAAAACCAACUCACAAAAUUCGAAAAAUUUCAAAUAGAAAACAAAGUUCUGAAUCUAGUAAUCAGUCAAAACAGUCAGAUUCUAUAGGAUCGGUGAUACCAGUUAUUACCAUAAGCACAACUGAAAGUGAUGAUGAAAUACUGCAAACAUUCAAAGAAUCAGAUAAACUGACGCCAGGUUCAAAACAAAAAAAUAAAAGAGACUGCUUCGAGAGACAACUAUCAAAGAUUGUAGACGAAUCACAAGAAAAAACAAAUUUGAAGCGCGUACAAAAGUCUUGUGAUUUGAAAUCACUCAGAAGACAAAACAGUGUUGAAAGUGUCAAUGAAAAUAAAAAUCCUAAAGAUAGCAAGUCUAACGAAGGCGGUCAUAAAUAUCAAUACUCAUUGUAA